AUGGAUAAGGAUUCCGAUUCGACGGUGACCUCCUUGGAUGAAAAUACGGAAAACUUCUGCACAAAUCCCACACGCGACAUACUCGCCGAAGGCAUCACAAAUCUCUUCAAGCCCACCAUUGAGCGGCUCGACGAGCGCGUGGCAACCACAAUCCAACUGCAAUCGGAGCUGCGGGGACAAUUGGACGCAUUAGCGGCCCAGUUGCGGGACAUUGAGAAGGCUCAACACCAGAUACCCGAUUUCACUGAGAAGGUCAAGGAACUGUUGAACGUAAAACACAAGGUGACCAUCAUAAGCAACGUGCUGAGCACCAGCCAGGAGCGUUUAACGAAUCUCCAUCGCCUGAUCGAGAAGGAGCAGCGAAGGCGACAGGCGCUACUGGAUUCGGCGCUGAGCACGAACAUAUCAUAGACAUGGAGACACCGUACACCGAUCAUCUCUCCGCGGCGGACUAUGAGCAUGUCUAUGAGCCGGCGGAGGAUUCUUUUCUGUUGCUUGACGCGCUCGAAGCAGAUCUGGAGUUCUUAGAGAAGCAGCUGCAGCCGCGUCUGUGCGUCGAGAUUGGUUCGGGCAGUGGUGUUAUCAUCACUGCGCUGGCCAAGCGCCUCUCCCACGCCGCCCACUGCCUCGCCACGGACAUUAAUCCACGGGCCUGCGAGGCAACCAGACGCACUGCAUCCCGCAAUGGUGCCAAGUUGGACAGCGUUCGCUGCAAUCUGACAAAUGGAUUGCGACGACGUUGCGUCGAUUUGCUGCUCUUCAAUCCGCCGUAUGUGGUGACCAGUGAUGAGGAGCUGCUCCACCAGCAAGGGAUCUCCUCAGCCACAGAGCGUAAUCUGGUCUAUUCGUGGGCGGGGGGCAGGCGUGGGCGAAGGGUGACAGACAUUUUACUGGAGCAAUUGGAUGACAUACUAUCACCUGGCGGCGUUCUCUACUUGCUGCUGCUGCACGAGAAUAAACCGGAUGAAAUAGUCCAACAGUUGGCAAGACUCAAGUUUAAGGCUGUUAAAUGCAUGGAGCGACAUAUUCCCGGUGAACAUCUCUAUAUACUUAAAGUAGCUAGAAUCGUAAAUUGAUUUUAUCAUAAAGUGCAAUAUUUAAUCUA